CGGGCACCGUCGUCCUUCAGACUGCUGUGCGCCGCCCCAAGAACACAGAGCUGUUUGAAAUGAUUGAAAAGAUGCAGGGAAGCAGGAUGGAUGAACAGCGGUGCUCCUUCCCCCCUCCCCUGAAGACGGAAGAGGAUUACAUCCCCUAUCCCAGUGUCCACGAGGUCCUGAGCCGGGAGGGGCCCUUUCCCCUCAUCUUGCUCCCCCAGUUUGGGGGCUACUGGAUCGAGGGCACCAACCAUGACCUGACGGGCGUCCUCGAGGCGGAGCAGCUCCAGUCGCCAACCUCCAAGGUGAAGCUGGAGUGUAACCACAUGGCCACCAUCUACAGGAAGCAUUUCUUGGGCAAGGAGCAUUUCAGUUACUACUCGGUGGACGCCGCGCUGGGGCACUUGGUCUUCUCCCUCAAGUACGACGUCAUCGGGGAUCAGGAACACCUGCGCCUCCUCCUGCGGACCAAAUGCCGAACGUACCACGAUGUCAUUCCCAUCUCAUGCCUGACGGAGUUUCCCAACGUGGUCCAGAUGGCCAAGCUGGUGUGUGAGGAUGUCAACGUUGACCGCUUCUAUCCCGUCCUGUACCCAAAGGCCUCGCGCCUCAUUGUGACCUUUGACGAGCACGUCAUCAGCAAUAACUUCAAGUUUGGGGUCAUCUACCAGAAGCUGGGCCAGGGGGAUGCCCAGCAGUUGCAACGGAAACGGCACAUUGGCAAUGACAUCGUCGCCAUCGUCUUCCAGGAUGAGAACACGCCCUUCGUGCCCGACAUGAUUGCUUCCAACUUCUUGCAUGCCUACGUGGUGGUCCAGGCGGAGAGCCCCUGCACGGACCACACCCUCUACAAGGUCUCCGUCACCGCCCGGGAUGACGUGCCAUUCUUUGGACCCCACCUGCCCAAUCCGGCCGUUUUCCGAAAGGGCCCUGAGUUCCAGGAAUUCCUCCUGACCAAGCUGAUCAAUGCCGAGUACGCCUGCUACAAGGCAGAGAAGUUUGCCAAGCUGGAGGAGCGCACGCGGACCGCCCUGCUGGAGACGCUCUACGAGGAGCUGCACCUGAACAGCCAGUCCAUGAUGGGCCUGGGGGGCGACGAGGACAAGCUGGAGAACGGCGGCAGCGGGAGCGGCGGGGGGUUCUUUGAGUCCUUCAAGCGGGUGAUCCGCAGCCGCAGCCAGUCGAUGGACGCCGUGGGCCUCAGCGGGAAGCGGCAGAACACCGUCUCCACCAGCCACAGCGGCAGCUUCGGACACAACAAUCCGGACAUUGCCAAAGCUGCGGGCAUAUCAUUGCUUGUCCCCGGAAAAGCGCCAAGUAGGUACGGACGUCGGGGCAGCGCCAUAGGCAUAGGAACCAUAGAAGAGAUCCUGGAGGCCCGGGAAAGCCCGACUGGUACUCAGGAAACCCCGGACAGUGGCCACGUGUCCCAGGACCCGAAGUCCGAGGACUCGUCCAACCAAAGCUCUCCUGAGAUGCCCACCACCAAGGACAGGCCGGACCCCGUAGCUCACAAGCCGGAGGCCCCGCGGGACUUCUCACGCUCCUCGUCCAGUGCCAGCAGUUUCGGCAGCGUGGUGGAAGAACACGAAGGCGCCCAGGAAGAUGACGCCGGCGUGGAGAGCCAGUCCUCAUCGGGGACGCCGCACAAACGUGACUCCUUCGUCUACAGCACCUGGCUGGACGUGGACGACAGCCUCAGCACCACCAGUGGGGGCAGCUCUCCAGGCCCCUCUCACUCUCCCCAGCCAGACCCCAGGAAAUCCACAGACCCGUCUUGCCCAGAGAUCAAGAUCCAGCUGGAGCAGGCGGAGCAGCACCCCCACCUGAGCUGCUAGCCCUCCCUGCCUGGCCUCCUCCGUGGAUCUGCCUCCCCACAAGCACACGGUGAAGAAGCACAAGCGGAGGGGCUUGCGGGAGGCCCCUCAUCCUCCCGGUCCACCUGGCAAAGCCUGCCUGCCCAGGCCUCCUCCCGGAACUUCUCCCUCCUCCCUCCCCCUCCCUUGGUGGCAGCUGCAACCCAUUUGCCUCCCUUGGGCUGAGGCGCUCCAGAUCCCCGACACCCCCCACACACACACACACACACAAGACCUCUCGUGGUCAGCCAAAAGACAGGCCUGAAGGGAACCACCCGGGAGCAAGGCACCUCGGAGGCAGGCUGUGGACGAUCACCCACACACCGGGACACCUGCCCCGCACGGAGGACUCCCAGCCCCCUUUCCUUGGCAGAGAGACGGCUGAGAUGCCCGACGGCAACCCGACAGCCAGAGCAGUGUUCAUUGGUGCGUGUCUCUGGCUUUUCCAUCACACAAACCGCCCCAGGGGUGCCAGAGAGCCCGCAGAGAGGAGCGGAGCAGGAGGAAAGCUCUGAAUCGGCAGCCGGACAACAGCGAGUGAGAAACCCCCACAGAGAGCGGGCCUCUCGGCAAGUGGAUUUCCAGGGGCCCCCUUGGGAAGGAGGAGGAAGCCUGUAGUGGAGAUGUCCAGCCUGGACCCACCCCUCCCCGCCUGCUGUCCACCCGUCUUCGCCUCCUGUGCAUCCUUGACCAUCUGCCCGGGAGGGGGCGGGGCCCAUGUCAGAAUCAGCUGCCCCCCCCCCUCCGGGGUGUGUGUGGGGGGGAGCUGGCCGGCAGAGCCAUCCCUUCCUGCUCCCUUUCCCCAGCUGCAACUUCGUCCCUUUGAUAGCCAUCAU